AUGAACCCGCGGUUCAAUAGUUCGGCGGGACACGGCAAUACGUCUGUGACUUGGAGCUACUGGUUAGUCCUGUCGCUAGGAAUCCCGCAGUUAGCCAUCAAUCUGGUGUCUGAGGUUUGUAACUGUUCAGUGAUCCUUACCAUUAUCUCUGCAAGACAUCAGCACAAGCCCAUCUCCACCCUGUUCGGGAGCUUGGCCUUGUCCGACCUCCUGUCAAGCUCAUCUUCCUUUUGGAUCGCGCUGCUCUUCAUCCAGGAGCCGGAGGAGACGAUUUUCGGCUCGGAAGAGCUGCUCUAUGGCUACACUAUCCUCGGCAUCUCCAUCCUGUCCACUGUCUACAACCUGAUGGCUAUUGGCGUUGAGCGAUACCUGACAGUGGCGGACAGUCUGAGAGCUAGGUGUACCAUCUGCCAUUGGCAAACCGGGCUGGCAGCCACAGGCAGCUGGCUGCUCGCUGGCCUCUUUGGCGGACUGCCUCUCAUGGGCUGGAAUUGUUUGGACAGAGACGAAGCCUCAUCUGCUCUCUACCGGCCCCUCUGUAUCGAUUACUUGGUUUUUGUCACCAUCCCCAACUGCGUGCUCACUUUCGCUUGUUUACUGGUCACCUACGUUGCCAUCAUUGUCAUCUUAAAGAGACAGAAAUGCAUUAUUGCAGCCCAAGGACACGUUAGUCCCAGGUACAAAGUGGCUGAAGCCCGUGUAGCGAGGAAGAGUGUGAUCAUUUGGAUUAUGACUGUGGUCUCCUACAGCCCGUUCUUUUCAGGCGUCCUCUGGGAUGCUCCGGAUCACACCCUCCUCGCAGAGCUUCAUAUCAAUGUUUAUAUUUUCAGAAACCUCGCCGCUAUCAUGAUAACGCUGAACUCUUUAGUUAAUCCGAUCGUCUAUACACACAGGUUGGGAAAAAGCGGCAUUUCCUUAACAUGCCCGGUUAAUAACAACAUCCACUUACAGGCAAUAAAGAAUUCCUGA